AAAAUUGAGAGAAAAAAAAAACACUUAAAAUCAAAACAAUAGUGGAUUAAGUGAAGUGAAUUAAACAUGUUAUUCUUUAAUAUAUUAACCAUACUUUCCGUUGUGGUCCAAGUCGUAUUCGUGACUAUGUCUGUAGCGGCGGGGCUAUUCUAUUUAGCAGAAUUAGUGGAGGAGUACACAGUCACAGCUAAAUACAUCAUUACAUGGCUGGUGAUAAUAACAGCAGCCGUCCACGUAGGGUUGCUAUUGCUCGAGGACCUCCCGUUACAUCUACACGCAUUGGGUUUCCUCCAGCAAGGUCUGCACUUACUGUUGCUGAGACAAUUCCCGGUAGUGCGUGCAAGCAGCAUGUUAUUUUGCGCCGCAGUCGGAAACCUCGCUCUUCAUCACUACUGUGCGUUUAGAUACUUCGGUCAAAUGUACUACAACAUCUCUGAGGUGAUCGCGUACUUCAUUCUUGGUCUAUGGAUCGUGCCAUUCGCACUCUUCGUGUCUCUGUCCGCGAACGACUACGUGCUUCCCACAACGGGAGAAAGGCAGCACCUAUUAGACGACGGGAACGUAGUCAGCGAUUAUCUCUCUCGGAAAGCGAAGAAAUACAGCCUCCUUUCUUUCUUCACUUACGCUAAAGAGUCGAUACUGCCACAGCGAAGCAAGAAAGCUUUUUAAGAGAGUGUUUGUAUGUGCAUAGACAUAUUUGUAUGACUGAUAACACCUUAAACAACGAUGUUGUUUAUUUGUAUUGUAUAAAAUAUCAAAAAAUACGCCAUUUUACAAUUAGAAGUAUAGGAAACAAUCGAUUAUGAAAAACUCGUAAUACGAUUAUAACGUAAACCAUGUAGUUACCUAAAUAGAUUAAACGAUGUACCUAUCUUAAUCGACUGAAGUGUUCUCGGAACAGUGGAAUACUUAAUUGUUUCGACAGUAAAAACUUGUGUGUUUUUGUCAUUUUUUUCUACAUAAGAUAACAGUGUUUUUUUUUUGUUUAAUGUACUGCUGUUAUUUUAUGUCAUUUUACAGUGUGCAUGGCAUGCUGACUAAUUUUGAAAAACUCCCCAAAGACGUUUGGACCUAUCUACUGUAGGUUUAUCCAAAAAAUAUCUUAUUUUUUUAAAUUAAAUGUUUUGUUGAUAUAUAUUGCAAAUUAUAUUAAAUAAAAUAUUUCAUGGCCGCGUUCGUGAUGCCAUAGACAAAUUAGAGAUCUUCCAUACUAAGUAUAGUAUCCAUACUAAAGAUUAUUUCGUAAUAAGUUUCGGUAUUGAUAACACAAACCUGAACAAGUAGUUUGAAAUAACUAAAUACUUGAUAUAUGCAAUAUGGGAUAUUACAAGUUUAUAGAUUUUCGAAAUUCUAGCAGUAUUAAAUUCCUGUUUCAAGUAGUUCAAUAGUACUAAAGACCCGGCGAACGUUUUCGCGUGAAAUAUUUUUUGCACGACUCAUGAUGCGAAGCAUCAGAGAGUGCUUUACGAUCGAA